AAGAAUCGGAAAAUAUGUAGGCUAGCGAAGAGUUUUAGAAUAUUUUAGAAAAAUUAUAAGAAAUGCCGGCGGAUACAGCUGAUGUAACUUAACCAACAAAAUGGUGGACACUUCAGAUAAGUGUUUCACGAGAUCUUUACACACCGCCUUGGUGGUGUUGUUUUUAAUUCAACUGGUCAGUACAGUUGAGAGACAGGUGUUUGACUUCCUGGGUUUUAUGUGGGCGCCGAUCAUCGGCAACUUCUUCCAACUCGUCUGUAUUAUCAUCGGCUUGUUCGGUGCAUGUCAGUACCGACCACGCUUUAUUAUUGUUUACACUGUAUGGACAUUGCUGUGGCUGGGAUGGAAUUUAUUUGUUAUAUGUAUUUACUUAGAAGUUGGCGUGCUACGUCGGGAUAAAGAGUUAUAUAUUUUAACAAUCGGCACCAAGACAAAGAGUUGGUGGCUGGAACACGGUGUUGGUUGCCAGGUAACCAACUCGACGUGGCUGGACGACAUCAGCCCGGAGUCGAGCCGGCCGAUCCCCCCAGAGCAGUUCGUCGAGGGGUGUAUUCUGCAGUACUACUACGUGGAGGUCAUCCACGCUUCAGUACAGUGUCUCUUUUCUCUCCUUGGUUUUGUCGUGUCUUGUGUGACGAUCUAUGCUUACACAGAAGAAGAUGAGUCGUCCACUUCCGCUAACGACGAGCUUGAAUUCGUAAAGAUGCGCUACCGUUCUCCUGCUCACGCUGCAUUCCAUGAGCACCACAACCAGCACCAGACGUUCGACAACGUGAACAUGGCCGACUACUCAUCCCUGGAGCGUCCACCAAGCUAUGACACCACCAUGAGGGACAGCCACGACGACACCACGGCGGCCAACAUGUACUACGCCGCCGACAGACAGAGCAUACGCAGCAAGGCGAGUACUCGGUCAAAGAAAUCCACACACAGACACUCAGCCACAGCGACUGCCGACUCGAACUAUGAACGGAGGCAGGAGUUGCCGUGGGUUCAAAUCACGCCGUCGUCUAAUAUCGACCACAGCUACCAGCGGAAUUUUCCCUAGGGGCUCUUCCUGAGAUCAUCGUUUAGGAGAAAACAUUUAUUAUAUUCAGUUGGCAACUUUUUUAAAUCUCAUAUUGUUGGUGGAUGAUAAAAACAACCAAAUGUCUUUUUUUCUUUCUGUUUUUUUCUGGGGUUUUUUAAUGGAGCAAUUCACGUGGAUCUCGUUUGUUGUUGUGUUUUCGAUGUUAGACAUUUUGUUCUUCUGGCGGAGAAACAUUUGUUUUUUGUUUUCUUUUGUUUGAUUAAAGUGCCUCUGGAUUUACCAGGAAGAGUCCCCGAAAAUUCUUAAUUCUCCUAUUGAAAAAAACCCCCUCAUAAAUCAUCUGUUUACUAUUAAGACACAUCUUUGCGGAUAGACAACAUUACGGAGUUGCAUCUUUGUGGAUUAUCAACGUGUGAAAUUUGUGGAUUCUAAAAUGUUUCAAACAAUGGAUAAAAUUGUGACUUUAGAGAUUUUUCUGCUUUUGAGCACAGACUGACAUGUUCAAGAGAAUUUAGUGGCGUCUAAAAAUAGAAUCUUUAACAUGGAUGAAAUGUUGAAUGCAGUGCUUUUCUGCUUUUAAAAAAUCCAAGUGGUAAUAGAGUGCACAUUUUUUGCUUAUUUUAUUUAUAGAUAAUUUAGUUAAUUUUAGUAACAGUUGAUGUUGUUUUAUGUACUUCCUGUAUGGUUUUCUACUAACCAUAUUAUGCUGUUAUAUGGCACGGGUUAUUUAUUAUAUGUUUGUGAACUUACAUUUCCAAGCAAUUAAUUGUACAGACUACAUACGUUAACUUUGUCAUCCUUUAAGAAAAUUUGGUUUGCAGUAUUCUGACGUAUCAUUCUAGUAGUAAGGUUAUACAGUUGGGGUCGGUUCAACAAUUAUGUGAUGUAAAAUCGGUCAUAUUUUUUACCCAUUUCCCCCAUGUAAUGUUUUGUAACGCUAAAACCAAAAUGGCAAUGACUGGCUACAUUUUACUUUAUAAAUAAAAAUGAGACAAUUGUUUUGAAAACCUGUAACUCGUGGCAAACACCACCUCCCUCCUCCCCAAGUUAACAUUUUGUAAUGCUCCCUCUUCCCUUAGAAUAUUAUGUAAUUAUUGAACGAUCGCUUGGCUUAUUUGUUAAACAUUUCAUAUUAAUGUUAUUUUAAAUAUAAAAUUGGAAAAUACGUUAUGAUUACAUAAAAAGGUGAGGGGGUGUGAAUUUAAGUUGUGGAAUUAACAAAUGGCUUUGAAACAAGAAAGUAGUUUGCUCUAAGUUGUAACCAGAAUGACGGAGAAUAGAGUUUGUCAGUUAAAAUUCUUCUAAACAUUUCUAAUUUUAAAAAAGUGCCUACCUUCUGACUGGUUGGUAAAAUGGUGCAUCAAAAUGAAAGCAAAGGAAGUUUGUUAAAUAUUGGCUGUCUGCAUGUGAUACAUAGAUAUCAAAAUUCGUAAUGGCAAUCAGAAAUGCUGUCGCAAAGUGAUCUGAAUUUCGAAGGCUGAUAACACAAUUGGCCGAAUUUACGAAGCCGAUAUUUCAUAAAUGAUAAUGUGAAACAAAGACCGACUUUGUAAAUUUGGCCCAAUAUUGAAUAUUAUUUCUUAUUUCUUAUUAGUGUGUGAUCAUUUCUGGAUUGCCUAUUACGCGAUGUUGUCAUUAGUUACUUUGCUUCAUAAGGUUGUGCAUCGCUUAUUUCAUUCCGUCUAUGUCUACAUCAUCUUUUGUAGCUGAAAUGUUUGUUAAUUUUCAUAUGUCUUGUUUAUCUCAGUAUCAUGUGUUACUGUAUGUGUAUGUGUGCAGGGUUCAUGGCAAAAUAUAACCAACAAACGCUCACUUUGCCAAGAAACAAUAGCAUUUCUGGGUCAGUGUGAACCAAAAUAUUUAAGAGCCAAAUUUACGAAGCCUGUUUUUUUGUUUAACCCAUGGUGUUUUUAAUGAAUUGUAAAUAUGUGUACUUACCUGUAUGUGUGUGUAAGACAAAAACAGGCUUUGUAAAUUUAGCCCAAUGUCUUUCUUUCUAAUUAGAUUAAUAAAUCAAAGUUAAGGAAUGAGCAAAUGUGAUUACAAAUCUAGGACUUAGAUUGAUCUGUUCUAGGUUAGUCAAUUUUGGUGUCAUUUCAUCCCAUUUUAUAUGAAACUUGGCUUCACGGAAUGCACAAGCAUGAUCAUACAGUGCAAUUAGAUGUAUUUAUUUUGUACGCACGUGGCUUUUUGUGAUGUCUUGAGUGCCAGCUGUACAAUAAUUUAAAAAUGGAAAUUGUAUUUUUCAUAUUUUACUGAAAUUAUUUUGAAGUCUACUUGCAUUGCAAGAUUUUCAACUUGGGUUGGUUGUAGCGAUAUUGGGUACGAGAGGUUUGAAUUCGAUGAAAGAAGAAUGUUUUAAUUUUCGUAUUCCUAGAUUCUUAGUACUUCACACGUACAUGUAUAUUAACUAUAACUUCUCCAAAUUACAUGGCAUUGAUAAAACUGUUGUUGUUUUAGUGGGUGGGUUGGGGUUUGGCGGUUGGUGUUUCUUUUGGGAAGGGGGUGUUUGUGUUGGGAGGGUGGGGGAUAGGUGUUUUGGGGUGGGGGGUUUUUGGGGUUUUUUUUUUUUUGGGGGGGGGGGGUCUGUUAUGACUGAAAGGAGUUAGGCGUGUGAAUUCGUGUGGCUUGGUGAUGCUGGGUCGUCGAAAGGUUAUAUUUGUACGAUUAUUUAUGUACAAUCACAGAUGUAUUGUGUAAAUAAAUAUAUUCCACAUCUGA